CUCCACCGAACCCCAAUCUCAGUUAGCCAUCAAAAUCAUGUCACGGGUCGCUUUCGAAGUCUUCGGAAACGUCCAAGGCGUCGGUUUCCGUCAAUUCACUAUCGAUCUCGCCAAGUCAAUCGGUGGGAUUACCGGGUACUGUCGUAACACGAGCAAUGAUACUGUACAGGGCGAAGCACAGUCGACCAAUCCGGCCAUUCUUAAGGAUUUCGUUAAGGGGUUGUAUGAGGGUCCUGGGCGGGUGGAUGAUGUGAAGCAGAAGGAAAUUCAGCAGGUGUCCGGAGAAACUGGAUUUGUCCAGAAGUCAACGCUUCGUCAUUGAAGUAUGAUAAUUGGCAAGGUUUAUCAAAAGUAAUUGUAGAAGCAAAUAACCAGCAGCUGCAGAGCGCAGCUGCGAGGGCCCGUGUCUCUUUGGGGAGGAUGGUGGGGAUGCAACGUUGUACGAUACAGGAGAGUCAGCAUAGCGCUCCUAGGCAU